AUGGAGAACCAUCUAAGAAUAUGGGCUUUAUUGCUUUUAAUCACUGGUGUUUCUACUCAGAAUGCCUCAGUUUCGGUAUCAUGUGGAAGCUCACAUCUAGUGAUCACUGUGCCUGUGGAUCUCUUUGGGACUGGCGUGGUGGUCAAUGCCAAUGAACUGAUUCUGGGAUCUGGCUGUACAGUGACGGCUGUGCAUCCAAAUAUUCUCCUGCUGGAAUACCCUCUCUUUGCUUGUGGGGCCACCAGACAACUUCUUCCAGGCAGCAUCCAUUAUAAGAACAUUCUCCACUAUGUGCCUUCAGCUCCAGAUGGGGUGAUCCGGACCAAUCCAUUCUCCCAUGCUAUAAACUGUUUCUAUCCUAGGUCCUGGAAUGUCUCUUCCCUUGGACUCCGACCUACUUGGGUCCCUUUCAGUUCUACCGUGAUGGAGAAACAGAGCCUGGCCUUUGCGCUGGAAGUCUAUGACAGUAGCUGGUCACAACUGAUGAGUGACCCUACUUACUAUCUUGGGGACCUCAUCAACAUCCAGGCAUCAGUAAGAAAGGAUAACCAUGUACCACUGAGAAUCUAUGUGGAUGAAUGUGUGGCCCGCCCAAAUGCAGAAUCCUCUGUGAAAUAUGAGGUCAUCACAAAUCACGGGUGCUUUGUAGAUGGGCAGCACAGUGGGUCCCAUUUUAUUGCCAUGCGAGAAGAUGGGUUUCUCCGUUUCCAGCUGGAUACAUUUACCUUCAUUGGAGCCUCCAACAAUCAGAUCUACCUCAUCUGCCACUUGAAGGCAGUUCCUGUUGGCUCAGCAAACCAUCUCAAUAAGGCAUGCUCCUAUGAUCAUGCUACUGCAACCUGGAACUCUCAUGAAGGGGUUGAUUGCUCCUGCUGUGCAUCUCAUAUUGGCUGUGGCAGCAAAAGAAGAAAAAGGAGGCAUCAGCAGAGGAGAGGAGCACUUGGAGAAGUAGAUCUCAAGCUUGGUCCCAUUGAACUGAAAGUGGAACAGGCACACACCUCUUUGCUGAAUGGCUCUGGCACCUUUGAGCUGAUGUCCAUUGUGACCGUCCCUGCCCCUGCUGCAUCCAACACACCUCAUGCUGCUGGGCCACCUCUGAACCAGUUGGUGAAUAUUAUUAUGAGGAAAGAAGAAGUGAAAGAAGAUGCCUCUAGGCUUCAUCUCCCCUUUUCUACUGCCACCGUGGUCAUAUUAGUUGCCUGUUUCUUUGUUGUAUUGGUGUCCAUCCUGGGCUGUUACUGCUCUAACAAACAUUCACACAGAGGAUAUCACAUGGAGACGGUCCAGACAGUUUUGAGGGAAACUAGUGCUGUGGCCAUGGCACCUGCCUCAGCUGAAACAUCUGGCGCUGGAACCUCUGGACAGUCUAGCACUACUUCAAAGAAACCUGAUGGUGUAGUAACUACAUGUUAG